UUGUAUAGAUUUGAUAUAAAAAUUUUAAAAUUAUCUACUAUGUCGAACACUGAUGAAAAUGAAAAUGAAAAGCUGUCCAGUGAAGAGAAUCAUACCAAUCAGAUGGCUGUGCCGAUUCUUCCUCCGUCCGGCGAUGCAAGUGAACUAAUGCUGAGAAUAUUGCUUGAGCAAAUAAAUAAAUUCCAAAAGCAAACAGAGAAACUGAUAGGAGACCAAAACAACAAGUUGGAAGAAACCAAUAACCAAGUCAAAAAUCAAGCUGGAAUAAUUGCAGAGCAAAAUAAGAAGUUGGAAGAAACCAAUAACCAAGUCAAAAAUCAAGCUGGGAUAAUGGCAGAGCAAAAUAAGAAGUUGGAGGAAUUCGGUGAAAAAGUCAAAGAUCAAGCUAAAAUAAUAGCAGAGCAAGAAGAAAAAUUUAAUGACGUGAAAAAAGAUUUACGCAAUGUUCAGAAUGAGUUGGAAGGCUUCAAGAAUUUCCAGUCAAUGUACAAGAAACUUGGCGGAGAGACCCACUUUUAUAUGGAUCUGGAGAUUUGCUACAAAAUGAUGAAAAAAGAAUUUAAUGGUAAUGAAGAUAAGCUGAAGCAACUGGAGUCUUGGUAUAAAAAAAAGAAGAUUAUGAGAGUGGGGAAAAUUGGUAUCGCCACGGUUGCUGGUGGCGUUGUUGGUGGAAUGAUCGGGGGUCUCGUCCUCCAUAAUGGAGCCGUAGCUGCAGCUACUACUGUAGCCUUAACUGGCGUAGCAUUGUCGCCAGCUGGCAUUAUAUUAAUUGGUGUCGGAGUGGGAGUUGUUAUUGUAGGGAUAAGUUUGGCAGCCUAUAAGAUAUACCGAAAUAAAAAAAUGAAAAAAGAAAGUGAGAAAGCACAAGUCAAGUUAAGUAUUGAAAAUGAGUUGGCCCCAAUGCUCGAUCAAAGUGAAGGUAAUAGUAAGUCAUUAUAAGUCAUAAUGGUCCAUGUUUGACUGCUAUUUUAAUCAUUUUUCUGUGAAUAAAGAUGAUGAUAAGUAUUAAUAAUAAUUGACAUGAUUAUUUGCCUUUAUCUGACAUGUUUGAAAUAUUCAUAUAAAACAAAUAUACACUGUUUUGUUUAAUAAGGGAGGCAAAUCACCAGUCACAAUCUAAAACACUGAGACUAACUCAAGCAAACAUCAGUUUUCAAAGUCUGGUAUAAAUUGUCCUAAACCUCUAUAUUGACAGAACAUAUAUAUACAGGGACUGUAUUGUAUAUCCUGUAUUUCGGAUGCCUUAUACCCCGGAGUCUUCGGUACCCUGACUAUAUAUUUAAAGUAAAACUGGUGUUUUAUGUUAUCAUGAAUUGAACAAGUAGGUUUCAGUAUUCAUUACGUGUUGAAGGUCAAAUUAUGAUUAUUUAUAUGAUGUAUUUUUUGAAAAGAUCUCAUGUCCACAAACAUUCAAGAUGAUACUAGAGAAUGGAAAUUUUUUUUUUAUUUCAACCGGGCUGUUGAGGUCUGAAUUGACUGACAACAUUGUUUUAAUAACACUGAAGCGUUAUUGUUCAUUUCUGUAUGGAAAUUUUUGCUGUAUACUGAACUUAUAUUUAUUAUUAUUAAUUCUUAUCAAAUGUUAACAUUUACGAUUAAAUAUUGUAUAUACUAGUGUUAACAUUUACAUAUAUCUGACUAAAAGAAGUUUUAUUUUACUCAUA